AUGGAGAGGGCUCUGAACCUAACAGAAGAGGACCUGUUCCACAAGAGUCUCAGCGUGUCGGCCAAGAGGAUGGAGUCCGCCUUCCGCUCCCCCCAGGGUCUGGACCUGUCCCAGCCGGGAGAUCGCUCCCCUUUACACUGCUACGACCCCGGAGCCGACCCCUCCGAUCUGCUGCGACACCAUCAGAGCUCGGCCGCCUCGCUGGCAGCAGGUGGAGGGAUGGUCGGGGCAGCGGGGGACGCUCUGGCUCUCAGCAUGUGCGCCAAGUACGGGGAGAGCGCCGGGCGGAUGUCGGUGGCGGAGAGCAGCGGAGGAGAGGAUCAGAGUCAGGACGAUGACAGCGAUGGGCGCUGCGAGCUGGUGCUGAGGACAGGAGAUCACAGGGCCUCCCAGUCUGGCCUCAAGUCCGACGUCCCCUGCGGUCCCACUUCAGGCAAGAAGUCUAAAGAACAGAAAGCCCUGCGGCUGAACAUCAACGCCCGGGAGAGGAGGCGCAUGCACGACCUGAACGAUGCCCUGGACGAGCUGCGAGCUGUCAUUCCCUAUGCCCACAGCCCCUCCGUCCGGAAACUCUCCAAGAUUGCCACCCUGCUCCUGGCCAAGAACUACAUCCUCAUGCAAGCCCAGGCGCUGGAGGAGAUGAGGAGGCUGGUGGCUUACCUCAACCAAGGCCAGGCCAUCUCAGCCGCCUCCAUCCCCAACCCUGCUGCUGCAGCCGCCGCCGCCGCUGCGGUGGCCCUGCACCCUGCACUGGGCGCCUACGAGCAGGCGGCGGCCAGCGCUGCUGCCUACCCCUUCAGCACAGGGCUCCAAGCUGCCAGCUCGUGCCCAGACAAAUGUGCCCUCUUCAACAGCGUCUCUUCCAGUCUGUGCAAGCAGUGUACAGACAAGCCUUAG